UCCCCGUUCUACGGAAACCCAGUCAGAGACGGACAGGAUCCAAUCUCUCGUCCUGCCUCUUCGAUCCAGACCGACCGGGAGCAAGCCCCGAACCCUACCACCCCCAUGGCCGAUGGCGGCGGCGAGCCGGGGGCCGUCGGUGGCUCGGCACCGGUGUGUAGUUUCGUGAGGAAGCCACCCAAAAACAUCCGUAAGCGCCCAGCCGCGCCCGCUGGCUCCGACGACGAGGACGACGGCGGCGGCGCCAUCGCGGCCUUGCGCUCCAAAAAGGGGCCGUCCUCCACCGGAAAGCUCGUCUUCUCCUCCACCGAUGGCUCCUCCGAGCCGCGCCGGUUCCAGUACGAGUCGUCCCGGACGAUUCAGGCCAACACCGACAGCCGCGUCACGGCCACGCUCGAGACGGAGACGGAGUUCGACCGCGACGCACGCGCCAUCCGCGAGCGCCAGCUCAAGCAGGCUGAGGAGUCCCUCAGGAAGAAUCCCUCCUCCGCUGGCUCCGGCUCCGGCUCCGGGGAGCUGUACAAGGGGAUCCACGGGUAUACAGACCACAAGGCCGGGUUCCGGCGGGAGCACACGGUGUCCAGCGAGAAGGCCGGCGGCUCGCACGGCCCGCUCCGGGCGUCCGCUCACAUCCGGCUCUCCACACGGUUCGACUACCAGCCCGACAUCUGCAAGGACUACAAGGAGACGGGGUACUGCGGGUACGGUGAUUCCUGCAAGUUCAUGCACGACAGAGGGGACUACAAGUCCGGGUGGCAGCUGGAGAAGGAGUGGGACGAGGCCGAGAAGGCCCGCAAGCGGCGCAUUGCGAUGGGCGGCGGGGAUGGGAGUGACGACGAGGCGGGGGAGGAGGACGACGACGACGACGAUGAUGAGGCGCUGCCCUUUGCCUGCUUCAUUUGCAGGCAGCCGUUCGUUGAUCCGGUGGUCACAAAAUGCAAGCACUACUUUUGUGAACAUUGCGCAUUGAAGCACCAUUCCAAGAACAAGAAGUGCUUUGUCUGCAACAAACCAACACUCGGCAUCUUCAACGCGGCGCAGGAGAUCCGCAAGAAGAUGGCUCAGGACAAGGAGGACUAGGAGCUCCCACCACCGUGUUGCUUAUUUUGUUGUUGUACAAUGCAAUAACUUUGUUUUGAUAUUUUGUCAUCUGAAAAAUGAGAAAAAAGGAAAUUCAGGACCCA